AUGCGGUCACUCGCUCUUCUCCUAUUCGGCAUGCUGAGCGCAUCAGUCGUUUCCGCCGACCCACUAGACGAUGCCAUAGCACUGUUCAAGCGUCAGAGCGUGUCGUUGACCACAGGAGGUUCGAGCUCGUCCACCGACUCUGCCACUGGUUCAGGCACUGCCACGCCGACCGACGGCGAUGACGACGACGACGACACAACUACUUCUGUUACCGUAACAAGCGAUACCACAUCCGAAAGCACCAUCACUACUUCCUCCACCAUUACUGUUCCGCCCACCUCGUCCCAAUCCGUCACUAUCAUCACGACGACAUCUACACAUACUCCUACGAGUUCAUCUGCAAGCAUCAGCUCCUCCGAUGACUCAACAUCCACAGUCACGAGCACGCUCACUCCAUCAAGAACCCUGAUUACGAGCAGCUCGGUCUCCGAAGUGGUCACCACGAUCACAAGCGUCAGCGCAGGCAGCACCGUCCAUCUUACGAGCACAAGCAGCAGCGUCAUCCCCUUCACGACCAGCGUCGAUCCUGCUUCACUGACCAGUAACGGAGACAAGGGUGGUAGCUCUGGACUCAGCGACACAGCCAAGGCUACCAUUGGAGGUGUGGUUGGUGGUGUCGGUGGUGCUCUAUUGCUCGCCGGUCUGGCUUACACUGCGUGGAGGAUCUGGGGCAAGAAGAAGAAUCUCCAUGAUGACGAUCUCUACGACCCCAACAAUAACCAGGACAAGCUCAGUGGUACCACGGCCGACUCUACGCCUUUCCGUUCAACAUUGGAUCAGUACCAUUCGCCAGGCCCUGUCAACACCGCCUCUAACUUCUGA